AUGGCGCUCCACCAGCGGGACACGGGCGGCAGAGGCAAAGAGAAGGAAGCCGAGCUCUACGGCGACGACGCCGAGCCGGGUGCGCCCUCGCACGCGACCGGCCGCGUGCCGCCCUGGAGGGAGCAGCUGACGCUGCGCGGCCUGCUGGUGAGCGCGGCCGUCGGCACCAUGUACAGCGUCAUCGUGAUGAAGCUCAACCUCACCACGGGGCUCAACCCCACCCUCAACGUCUCCGCCGCGCUCAUCUCCUUCGUCAUGCUCCGCGGCUGGACGCAGGCGCUGGCCCGCCUCGGCGUCGCCGUCCGCCCGCUCACGCGCCAGGAGAACACCGUCGUCCAGACAUGCGCCGUCGCCUGCUACAGCAUCGGCUCCGCCGGUGGGUUCGGGUCCUACCUGCUUGGGCUCAACAAGAAGACCUACGAGAUGGCGGGCACGGACAUGGAGGGCAACGUGGGCACGAAAGAGCCCGGCCUUGGGUGGAUGAUCGGAUUUCUCUUGGCCGUCAGCUUCGUCGGGAUCCUCGCGCUAGUCCCUCUCAGGAAGAUUUUGGUGAUCGACUACAAAUUAACUUACCCAAGCGGAACAGCAACCGCCGUGCUUAUAAAUGGAUUUCAUGCGCCUCAAGCAGAUGAAGUGGCGAAGAUGCAAGUGAAUGGAUUCACAAAAUACUUUGCUAUCAGCUUCGUCUGGAGCUUUUUCCAGUGGUUUUACUCUGGUGGAGAUAAUUGUGGGUUUUCACAGUUUCCCACUCUUGGACUACGAGCUUGGAAACAAUCGUUCUUCUUUGAUUUCAACCUCACAUAUGUUGGGGCCGGGAUGAUUUGCCCCCAUCUUAUUAAUAUAUCUCUCCUUGUCGGUUCUAUUCUCUCUUGGGGUAUAAUGUGGCCACUGAUUGCUGAUCUGAAAGGAAGCUGGUAUUCAGCAGAUUUACCAGAAAGCAGCAUGAAAAGCCUGCAAGGUUAUAAGGCUUUCAUAUGCAUAUCUCUCAUCCUAGGAGACGGUGUGUACAAUUUUGGAAAGGUUAUGCUGAAAACCAUUUGGAGUAUACUUGACAAAUCAAAACAGAACGACACCAAGAAAGAGGAAGAUAUUUUGGCGCUCGAUGAACUUCACCGCAAUGAAGUUUUUACAAGAGACAGUCUCCCUAAUUGGAUAGCCAUCUUGGGUUACUUUGCACUAUCAGUCGCUGCUGUAAUUACAAUUCCCUUGAUUUUCCCUGAGAUGAAGUGGUAUUAUGCUAUCAUAGCAUACAUAUUGGCACCUGCCUUGGGUUUCUCCAAUGCCUACGGAUCUGGGCUUACUGACAUCAACAUGGCUUACAACUAUGGAAAAAUUGCCCUCCUCAUUCUUGCAUCCACUGUUGGAAAAGAACAUGGUGUAAUUGCUGGGAUGGUAGGCUGUGGUAUGGUGAAAUGUAUGACAUCAAUAUCUGCUGAUCUGAUGCAGGAUUUCAAAACUGGACAUCUUACAUUAACAUCACCUAGAUCAAUGCUUAUUGCUCAGAUUGUUGGCACCGCCAUGGGCUGUGUCAUCUCACCCCUAACAUUCUUUGUGUUCUACAAUGCCUUUGACAUAGGCAACCAGAAUGGGCCCUGGAAGGCACCGUAUGCUCUAAUAUACCGAAACGUUGCAAUUCUUGGUGUACAGGGCUCAUCUGCUUUGCCGUUGCAUUGCUUGCAGCUGUGCUAUGGAUUCUUCGCCUUCGCGCUGGUGGCCAACCUUAUGAGGGAUUUCCUCCCGCGGAAGUAUGGCAAAUGGAUUCCCUUGCCCAUGGCAAUGGGGUUUCCAUUCCUUGUUGGCGCGAGCUUUGCCAUCGACAUGUGUGUCGGGAGCUUGAUAGUCUAUAUCUGGCACAAGAUUGACAGAAGCAAAGCAGUGCAUAUGGUGCCGGCAGUUGCGUCUGGUUUUAUAUGCGGGGAUGGACUGUGGAUCUUCCCAGCUUCCUUGCUUGCACUGGCCAAGAUCACUCCACCAAUGUGCAUGGCAUUUGAUCCUACAUACUAGAUGGCUAUCAUGCUCGGUAGUAGUCGCAGCUCCAUGGCUGAGAUUUUGCAUGCUAGGGUGAAUAACCUGAAUGGUAAAUCCGCAGGAUGUAAAAUUGUAAGAAAGUGUCUUUCAGGAGCAGAUGAUCCAAUUGUCAAAUAUCGGGUUCCAGUUGUUCUC